UGUUAAUUUCAGGUUUUACAAAACCAAUAAAAAUGAAAUAUCUGGUUAUUGUGACAUCUUUACUGGUGGCCGUUUCGGCCGAAGAGUUAUUUAUACCUUCAGCCGAUGGAUCGACUUCAACGAACAUUCCAGUGAAAUUGAAUCAGGAAUCAAUGCAUUUCAUGAUUGCUGGUGAUUUUGGAGGUUGGCCACCUCCGUUUUAUACCACUCCAACACAAUGGACUGUGGCCGAGGCAAUGGGACAGGCUGCUGAAAAGCUGAAACCGAACUUUGUUUUGGCAAUGGGUGAUAACUUUUACUUUCUCGGAGUACAGGACACAGAAGACGAACGUUUCAAUAAAACGUUUGAAAGUGUUUACACUUCACCUUAUCUGCAAGUACCGUGGUACCCUACUAUGGGUAAUCAUGAUUGGCAUGGAAACGCACACGCCCAGCUGGACUAUUCCCACGUUUCUAAGAGAUGGACAUAUCCAUGGUAUUACUACACCCUGGACUACACUCUUACCCUCUCUUCAACUACCAUGCGAAUUGUGAUGAUGGAUACCACCAUCCAAUGUGGAAUUGACUCUGAAGGUGUUCCGAUAAACGCAACUGUAGCUGAAGAGCAGUGGGCUUGGGUAGAGCAACAACUGAAAGACGGACAAGACUUUGACUAUUUGGUCGUGGUUGGUCAUUUCCCAGUAUUGGCUGCUGGAAACACUGGUCCUACAAAUGAGUGCUUGUUUAAUCGUUUGCAGCCAUUGCUCGAAGAGUACGGAGUCUCCGCAUAUAUCGCUGGUCAUGAACACAAUCUUCAGCAUUUGCAAGAUAGUAGAGAGAACAGUAACGUCGAAUACUUUGUCGUCGGUUGCAGUAACUUUGUCUCACCGCGCUUUCCAAACGCGGACGCUCCACAAUUCAACACAAACUUUGCUUGGGCAGAGAUGACGGAUCUUGGAGGUUGUUAUGGCAGAGUUGAAGUCACUUCGACUUCAAUGAAGAUGGUGUUCGUACAAGGACGAGACGGAGCAGAUAUAUACAGCUAUGACGUCCCACCACGCCCAAAACAAUAAAAUAUCAAAUGGCAAAUUCUUCAAAACAUAAUUUUGGUGUUGCUAAAAUCGAGGUGCAAACUUUCCUGUAAUAAAAUUCAGAACAUUCAA